AUGAGCUCUCCUGAUGAGGUGUCUUUUCGGGGGGCCAAUUGGGGGUCAGAAAGUGGGGAGCACACAGAAAGGCGCCGGUUUGCCCAUGGAUUCCCGCGGGGACAUGGCCCCGGUCCUGAGGAGAAGGUGUUAAAGAGCAGAGAGGACAAGGCGUGCCACCUGGUCUCCAGGCCUCCCCAGUACGACUCGUGGUUAGACAGGGAGGAGAUGGACGGAAGGUCAGUCAUUUGGGGCUGUGAGGGGCGGCCCUGCACCCCGGUGGACGACAGAGGGGACAGUCUGGACUUUGUACAGCACCUGGCCAUCGAGGGUACAAGCUUCGGGCAGCACGUAGCCAACCGGGAGGCCUGGGGGGUCCAUGGACACCCGUCCCCCCAAAGCUGUGCUGCUGAGCCCUUUAGCAUUUGGGGAGACUCAGACGCAAGCAUGCUCAGGAGAAGCACGCGGCCUCAGACCUCAAAGGAAGGGAGGCAGUUCACAGCUACCCAACUGCACCCCAGAGGUCGGGGGCAAGGCAGGGCGUGGAUGAACCCAAGAAGAAGUGCCACGAGUAGGAUAGUAACCAGUGAUGACAUGCAGUAUCCCUCCUCCGACCCUGAGUCUUCUGAUGAGUUCAGUGAGACACAGAUGAUGAGGGUAACCAUUUGUCUCAAAGAAGGAAGCCAGCCCAAGUCCGCUGGCCUCGCUGAGCAGGAAGAUCCAGCUAGACACAUGAAUGUCCAUGGCAGGGAAAGUUUUGUCCAUGUGCCUCCCUCUUUGCUGGCCUCUACUCCAAGAGGACUCGGUUCGGCCAUUGAAAAGCAGGCUUCGGGAGAGCUGGAAAGCUCUUCGGCUAAGAAAAAACAAACUAUGGUUUGGAGCAAAGAAGCGAGCAGGCCCAGCUAUCAAGGAGCGACUGCAGCAGCGGCUGCCACUGCCACUGCCACUGCCACUGCCUCUGCCACUGCCACAGCCUCUGCUGGUGUCUCUGCCCCUGCCCCUGUUGCAUCUGCUGGCUUACACAAGACCAGUCCAAGAAAGAAGCCAGCCCAGGAGAAGCCAUCUCAGUGGGAUGCCUUGAGAGGACCCGUGGCGAGAACCUUCCCACCAUGGGGACAGAGACUCAAGUCAGCUCCUGUAGAACCAGCCACUUUCCCCCCAAUCUCAGGGGUUGCUCUGCUAGGGAAGGCAAGUAAAUGCUCACUGCCUUCAGGGCCCAAAGAGAGCAAGACCGUCUGCACUGGGAAGAAAUUCCCAGCAAAGAAGACAAGGGAGCCACAGGCAGGUCCCAAAGAACACAAUAACUCCCCGAGAGAUCCUGGCCUGCAGGCUCAAGUUCCACCACAGAGGGCAGAGCAGCCUUCCGUGUGCAUGUAUCGUGGAGAAAUGAGCAGUGGAGACUCCAACACCAGAGCCCCGCAAGUUCCAGCAAGCCCGCAGUUCUUCUCCUUGAGCCAGAGAUGUGCCAGACCCAGAGCACCACCUGCACCUGCUGGGAAAGCAAGAAUAGAGCUAGAUAUAGCUGAAGACUUACCAGGUACAAGGAGCUGCCAGUAG